GAUGUUGACAAAUAUUUUUAUUCGUCAUAACUUCCCGGAUUUAAUCUUCCGGUACGAAAGUUGUUUACUUCGUUUGGAUCAAAAUAAUAAGUUAUGGCAGAGAAACAAGAGGAUGAGCGUAACCCACUGGGUUUGAAAACAGAAAAUGGAAAUCCAGUUCCAUUAAAAUCAGUUAAGGUGGAUGUACACAUAAUUGGUUAUGUUGCUGAAGUUUCGUCAAGACUGACAUAUUUCAAUGCAGAGGAAACACCAGUUGAGGCAGUGUUUACAUUCCCAGUCGAUGAUGGAAGUGCAGUUUUCCAGUUUGAAGCUGAUAUUGAUGGACGUCACAUAGUGGCGGAAAUUCAGGAAAAAGAACAGGCAGAAUUGACAUACCAAGAUGCUAUAGAACAUGGACAAACUGCCAUGCUGUUAAAGGAAGACAACUCUGCUGGAGAUAUCUUCAGUUGCAAGCUGGGAAAUCUUCCUCCUCAGAGUGAGGCUUCACUUGUGAUGAAAUAUGUGAUUGAACUGCCACAGGAGGUGGAUGGUCGACUGAGAUUUACACUUCCCACUGUACUUAAUCCAAGAUACUCACCAGAUGUUGGUGGACUAACAGCUGCAGAGGGCGCCACCUAUGUCCCACCAUGCAAAGUUCCGUAUGAAUUUAGUAUGACUGCCACAGUGAAGGGAUACCAUAAAGUUACCUCUGUGACGUCAGAUAGAAUGAAAUUUGAUGUAAAGUAUGAAGAGAAUAAUAAGAUAGCAAAGGUUGCUGUAAAUGAAGAGUUCAAGUUUGACCAUGACCUUGGUUUGCUUGUAGAGUAUGAGAUGCCAUAUUCACCACAAGUCAUUCUUGAAACAGGAAACCCAGAGGCUGAGGGAUUGUUGAAAGAAGACAUGUUGAUGGUCAGUUUCCAUCCGGAUCUGAAAGAGGUUGCCAUGGCAACCAGUGGAGAAUAUAUCUUUGUUAUUGAUAGAUCAGGCAGUAUGGGAGGUGAUGAAAUAAAGAAUGCCAAGGAGGCCCUCCUGCUGUUUUUGAAAAGCUUGCCACCUGGUUGUUAUUUCAAUAUUGUCAGUUUUGGUUCUACUCACAGUUCCCUGUUUUCCAAUGGCAGCCAGGAGUACACUAAAGAAAACUUAGGAAAAGCUGUUAAAUUGCAAAAGAAAAUGGAUGCUGACAUGGGAGGGACUGAGAUUUUAUCACCAUUAGAGGAUAUUUUUAAGAGGAAGUUGAUGCAAGGGCACCCUAGAAGAGUGUUUGUGUUAACAGAUGGUGAAGUGAGCAAUACACAUCAGGUGCUUGGGCUUGUGAAAACACAAUCACAGAAAACCAGUACAAGAGUAUUCUCCCUUGGAAUUGGUCAUGGAGUGUCAACUGCAUUAGUGAAAGGAAUAGCAAAAAAUGGAGGUGGUAAGGCAGAAUUUAUUGUUGGAGGUGACCGUGUGCAGUCAAAGGUUGUUUCAUUACUGAAGUGUGCAAUGCAGCCAGCCAUUACAGAUGUCACCAUCAGCUGGCAUCUGCCACCUGAUGUGACCCCUGUUUCCAUACCAACUGAACCUCCAACCAUUAUAUCUGCUGGGGAAAGACUAACUUUAUUUGCCAUCUUGCAAGGAGUUGAUAAAGAGAAAAAUUAUCCUGAAAGUUCAGUGACCUUGAAAGGUCAGCAAGAUGGAAAACCAGUAACAUACAGUUUGACUUUUGCCCUUGGUAAAUCGUCAGAGGUCAAUGUCUCAGCACCUGUUCAUCGCUUAGCAACAAAAGCGCAAAUAAAGCUUCUACAGGAUGAGGAAUCGGCAAAGUUAAAUGAAGAUACUUAUCACAUCUCUCCAGAUUUGGGCCAGGAAAUCAAAACAUUUAGACAGAGAAUUGUUGAUCUUAGUCGUCAUGGCAAUAUUGUAUCGAAGUAUUCAGCAUUCGUUGCCAUAGAUACAGAGGGAAAGAAAGUUGAGGAUAAAGCUGUUGAGAGACCAUGUCCAGUACCUACUUUGUCCGAAGAAUUUAUGAGUGGACUGCAACCUAAAAUUUUUGCUUCAUAUGCAAGCCCUCAGACUAUGAUGUGUUGCAGUAUGGACGCAGUUUUGGAUCGAGGGGAGAAAUUAGAUGACUUGGUAUUGCAGUCUGCACUUAGUGCGGGGAGCAACCAGUUUUACAGCAGGAAAGCUGCACCAGCGCGUAAAAAGAUGGCAAAAGGGUAUGGAUUUGGAGGAUUCAAGUUUCCAUCUUUUGGUGGAUUAUUUUCAAAGAAGAGCAAGGACAAGGAUUAUGAAGAUUCAAUGGAAGCAGAUUAUGAUCUUGAGGAAGACGAGUCUGAUGAUAAUUCAGCUGUAGAAUUUUCUUCAGAUGACAAGAUGAUGUCUGUAAUAGCCUUACAGCAACUAAAUGGCGAGUGGGAGGUUUCUGAACAACUGUUAAAGCUAUUGGGUGUUCCAAAAGAAGAAUUUGAUAAACAGAAAUUUUCGGAGGUGCCAAGUGUUGUGUGUACAGUGAUUGUACUAGGUUGGUUAAAGAAAGAGUUUUCACACCGACAUGAGGAGUGGCAGAUGAUAGAAACUAAAGCGCUAGCCUGGCUGGCAUCACAGAAUCUCAUUUUGUCAGUAGAAGACAUCAUACAACAGACGAUACAGUCUCUCUGGUCAAAAUGAAAAAAAAAACUUUGAAAGGGAGAUUCUGUUCGAGAAAAAAUAUGUUCCAAGUAAACUUUCAGUUAUAAUUUGAACUGCUGAAUCAUUGUAUUCUGUCACUUUUUGUAUUGCAAAUAUUUUACAUUUGGAUAAAUGGUGAUAAAAAAGUAAGAUGUGAUAUGCAAUAAAUGUGACCAUCUUGGCAUUGAAGUUUCUUCCAAAGUGUUAAAUAUAUCAAGAUAUAGAAUAAUUUCAUUGCAAUGUUUGUAAAUAUUUUGAAAUAUAAAUGUUGUUAUGUUUGUACAUGCUCGCCCCACUUCCGACCACUCUCUCAAAAUUGGCAUUUAACAUUUUAUCAGUUUUGGAGUUAUGACCCGUGGCUGUUUAUGUUUGUUGUCGAGUCUAGUGUACAUAUUCAUAGCUACAAACCAUGAUCAUUUGUGAAAAAUAUUUUAAAGAUUUUUUUGAUACAUGUUUGCUUUUGGAUAAAUAGUUCUACUAGUUGUGAUAUAUUUUAGUUUAUCAUAUACUUUAUACUUUCUAACGUUUAUUUCUUUAUAUUUAUUAUAUACUUUCCAAUAUUCAUCAAUUUCAUGUCUUUUUUAUGUUUAUUUUCAUUAUUUGUUUAUAUUUAUUUAAAACUAUAUGUAUAUAUCUGUUGCCAUUUAGCAGAUUUCUUUAACAGGUGCAUGUUGUAGAUAAAUAGAUGUCUCCCUUAAUUUAUUUUAUAUCAGAAUUAUUUCUUAUCACAUAGUUACAAAGUAUCACUGCAAUAUGCUUAAGAAAUUUGAGCUGCCUUGUAAUUUUCGUAGGAUAAACAGCACGAUAUUUAGCUCCACUAUUCGGAGAAUAGGGGGGCUAUUCUACUCGCCCCGGCGCCGGCAUUGGCAAUCUUUGUUUUUCUGUCAUAUCUUUUUUACUAUUGCCUAUAUCUAUCUGUUGUUAUAUUUGGAAUUAUUGUCAGGUUAAAUUUUUUCGAAAGCUUUGUUUAAAGACAUAUCUUUAAAAUGACUUGAAAUUAAAAUAUUUCUUUAUAAUCAUCAUCUGCAUGUGUGGUUACAAUCUGCAUAACUCUAAUUGUAUUUUUGACAUAAUUAUGCCCCUUUCAUACUUAAAUGUUUUUUGGCAAUCUUUGCUUUCUGGAUAUAACUUUGGUACAAUUUAAGAUAAAGACUUGAAACUUAAAAUGUAUCUGUAUCAUCGUCAUCUGCAUGUGUGGUAAUAAUCCCCAUAACUCUGAUUUGUAUUUUUGACCAAAUUAUGCCCUUUUCAUACUUAAAUGUUUAAAAAAAAUCGUUUUCUGGACAUAACAUUGGUACUAUACAAGCUAAUGACUUGAAACUCAAAAUAUAUCUUUACCAUCAUCACCUGCAUGUGUGUUAACAACCUCAAUAACUCUAAUUUGUGUUCUUAGCAGAAUUAUGCCCCUUUUUGUAUCUUCCUUUUAAAGUAGAGGUCUCUAAUUGAGACAUAUAUUAAUUUUACUGUCAACUCGCCGAAUAGUGGAGCGCGCUGUCUUACGGAGAGCUCUUGUUUAUAUGUUGUAAUUCUUAAAGACAUUCCAACAAAUGUGUCGUAUGUUUAAGACAUUUUUGACAUUUCUUAUGUUAAUUUGUUGCAAUUUUGACAAACAUUUUAAAUUAAGUUUUGAUUGCUAGAACAGUUCAGGUAUAAAUGUUUUGUAAAUGUUUUAUAUUUUCCAGCAUUAUUACUGACUGUAUGAAUGUCAUAGUUUUAUAGUAUAUUCAUAUGUUAUAGUUAUAGAAUUGUAUGUUUUAUUUUUAUAGAACUUUUGACAUUUGUGUAAACUUUUUAGAAGACUGUCAAACAUACAUGUGCAAGUUUUAUUGACCAAAAGGUGUGACGUUUCAAGCAUAUAUGUACUGUCAUUUUUAUACGCCCGUUUUGAUAAGAAAAACCGGACGUAAUAUGUGAUGGCAUGUGCGUCUGUCUGUCCGUCUAUCAUAUUUCACGCCCGGAACAUAACUUUAACAACAAUGAGAGGCAUUGACUAUAAACUUAGCAUAUAGGUAGAUGACGAUGAGACGAUGUGCAGAGCGCUUGAACCGGUUCUAUAGGUCAGAGGUCAAGGUCGCAAAAUGAGCUAAAAGGUCAAAACAGAUUAUCAUGUUUUUGUCUGGAGCAUAACUAAAUAACCAUGCAAGGUAUUGAUUCAAACUUGGCAUGUAGGUAGGUGGAAAGGACACGAUGUGCAGAGAUUAUAAACCAGGUCUUUUGUCCGAAAGUAAGGUCACAAACUCAAAGGCCUGUCCGCCAUAUUUCGUGUCCGAACAUAACCUAUUAACCAUUCAAUGUAUUGAACCCCCAUUACCUCCCCCGUAAAAAAAAUCGUUUAGUUUCUUACGCGCACACUCCUUCCCCCACUCCCACCUGACACCUCCCAAUAUUUGUUUUUUCUUUAAAUUUUGUUUCUGUUCACCUCUUAUAUUAAAGGUGCAUGUACUAUAAUUUUCAUUGACUUUUGCAACAUGCGUGUGUUGCAAACUUUAUUGCGUUUUUAAACCUGUACUUAAAAUAUUUAUUUCGAUAAACUUGGUAAGGCCUUAUAUUUCACAAUUGUGCAGGAAGUGAACAGUUAGUUUAUACUAAUUUAUUUGAGGUCAGUGGUGAAUCGAGUUCUACAACUUUUAUGACUUUUAUUAACCACUCUUGGCACCUCAUUCUUGAUUGUAUCUUUCACUUUGAGAGUGUGAGAGGAGAGCAGCCAGUUUUCCUUUCAAUGCUGAACACCUAGCAAGGGGGUAUACUGUGACUAUUUAUCAAGCGUUUGGUGAGACAUAGCUUGGGAGCGAAUCUAUGGCCUCCAGCAUUAGGAAAAGUCGUUCCUGCACAAGGCUACUGAGGCGUUAGUUUGUAAGUCAUAGGAUAUAUUAGAAAUAUUUCGUUCCACAAUAAAUAUUUUAUUCUAGCAAUUAACCUAUCUAUGUUGUUUUAUAUGAUAUUAUAUUUUAUUGUUACAAUGUCUUUCAUUGUUAUAUUUGUACCCCCCGACAACAAAGUUGUAAGGGGGGUAUACUGGUUUCAGGUUGUCUGUCCGUCUGGCCGUCUGUCCGUCUGUCCGUAGACGCAAUCUUGUGCGCACCAUCUCUCCUUAUCCCCUUGACAGAAUUUAAUGAAACUUCACACAAGUGAUCAGUACCAACAGUAGUUGUGCAUCGGGCAUGUUAGGUUCUUUUAGAAAAAAAAUUGCAGAGUUAUGGGACUUUGUUUUUUUGUUACUAUACUAUAUACAUAGACACAAUCUUGUGCGCACCAUCUCUCCUCAUCCCCUUGACACAAUUUAAUGAAACUUCACACAAGUGAUCAGUAACAACAGUAGUUGUGCAUGGGGCAUGUUAGGUUCUUUCAGCGACAAAAAUUGCAGAGUUAUGGGACUUUGUUUCUUGUUACCAUACUAUGUACAUAUAGUCUGCAUAUGCAAUCUUGUGCGUGCCUAAUCUACCAAACCCUUACACACAAUUUAAUGAAACUUCACACAAGUGAUCAGUACCAACCCUAGUUGUGCAUGGUACACGUUACAUUCUUUUAGAUAAAUAUUCUGCAUAGUUAUGGGACUUUGUUUUUUGUUACUAUACUGUAUACAUACAGUCCACAUAACUAUGCAAUGUUGUGUGCGUCAAAUUGCAAUGUACUGUGUCAGUGCAUGCGGGGGGUACAUUCAUCACCUUUAGUGAUAGCUCUAGUUACAUUUUGCUAUUUUCAUGCUUAUAUAUAAUAUAGUAUGUAUAGUGUAGCAUUGGUAAUAGUACAUUUUAUGCAUUCAUUUAACCAUGCAAUAUAGUUUAUGAUCGAAGUUUCUAAACAUUUUUCAAAUUGUAAUGAAACUUCACAACCAUGCUUAUCUUUUCUUUCAGUAAUAUUUAUUUGUUUUGGUUUAAAACUUACCUGAGCACUUUCUGCUCAGGGUGAGCUAUUGUGAUUGCUCAUCGUCCAUUGUCCGUCCGUCCGUCCACACUUUCCUUCAAAGAAACCAUUUGGUGGAAGUUGAUGAAACUUGGCCUUCAUGUUCCUUUGGUGGUCAUCUUUCAAAAUUGUUCAGACGGUUCCGCUUGGUUGCACAUAGAAACAUCUUCUAACAACAUUUCCUCUUAAACCAACUGGUCCGAUUUCAAAAUAAUUUCACACAAACGGUUCUUAUGUAACCCUCUGUCAAGGUUGUUUUCAAGUUAUUACAGUUCGUCCAGAGGACGUGGUCACUUUUCCGUAUGUGUUUAUAGUGGAAACUUUAAAGAUCUUCUUGUAUGAAACUGCUGGCCCGAUUCUGUAAUAAUUUCGCACAAAUGGUUCUUAUGUAACCCUCUGCUAGGAUUGUUCAAAUUAUCACGAUUCGCCAAAAAACAUGGUCGAAAUGGGACGUCAUCUCUUUUCCCUACAUGUAAGUAGUUGAAACUUUAAAAAUCUUCUCUUAUGAAACUGCAGGUCUGAUUUUGAAAUAAAUUCUUACAAGUAGUCCUUGUGUAAUCAUGGCGUGGUCUAUUUUCCCUGUAUUUAUAUAGUGGAAAGUUUAAACAUCUUGUAUGAAACUGCUGGUAAGAUUUUUAAAUAGUUUCACACAAAUGGUCCUUUUGUGACCAUUUACCAAGAUUAUUUAAUUGUUAAGAUUUGCAAAAAAGCAUGGCCACAAGGGUGUAAGGCUACUUUCUUAUAUGUAUAUAGCGAAAACGUAAUAAAUAUUUUUGUAUGAAACUGCUUGCCUGAUUUUGAAAUAAUUUCAUACAAAUGCUCCUUGUGUAACCCUGUACCAAGAUUGUUCAGAUUAUUUUGUUUCGUCAAAAACAUGACCUCCAGGGGCGUGACCUCUUUUUCCUGAGUGUAUAUAUUGGAAAUUUUAAAAAUAGUCUUGUAAGAAACAGCAGGCCCAAUUUGAAAAUAAUAUUACCCAAAUGUUUCUUGAGUGACCCUUUACGAAGAUUGUAGAAAUUAUAUCAUUCUGUUUCAUCAGUAGGUGUGGUCUUUUUACCCCUUAUUUCUGUAGUGAAAACUUUAAAAAUCUUCAUGUUUGAUACUGUCAUAUAGCAUCAUUUCCCCAAUAUCAACCCCUGCCCCCACCCCAAAAAAGCAAACCAAAAGAAAAAAACAGACAUACACAUUUCCUGCCUAUAUUUAUUAUGUAGAAACUUUUAACUGUUCAAGCAAGCAACUUAACUGCAGGGAGCGGUAUAGGACCACCAUGGCCCUUUUGUUUAAAUGUUUAUCGGAGAAUAUCUUAUGAGUGGAUGUUCAUUUGUUUUAUUGUACAGUAAAACGUAUUUGGGUCGAGAUCACAAAAGAGUGAGCAAAAUACUUUUCCAUGGUUCCGAGCAGUGUAAAUGUAGAAAAUUUAUGAAAAAAGACUUGUACAUUAUGAAUUCUAUGCGUCCCAUGUGGUUCUGGGACAGCUUGUGUAUAAAAAGAAUUGGAACAACUGUCUUAUAAUUACAUGAUUGUUAAAGACUACUAAUACGGUCUGAACACCUUGUUUUGCUCUAUCUCCGUGAUUAGUACUUAUUACAGCAGGUUUAAAAUGUUAAUUCCAUACGUUAUAUUUUAUCUUAAUGUAAAUGAGAUGUGAGGCCAGUUUUUAGUCCUGUUAUGGCGCUUAUAGCCUGUACUGUGUUGGUGCACUGUAAAAACUGAAUUAGCAAAUCGGCAGCCAUUUAUGCUGUAGCAAGCGGCGUUUUACUGUAUCCAACGUCAAGUUUUUAUACAACAGAUACGAAAUAGUGGAGCCAUUAGACCGUCCGACUGUCUUUAACUCCCGUCCGUCCAUCAUGUCAGCUCCAUAUUUUCUUAUCUGCUGGGAAAUUUUCAUAAAACUAGCACCAGUUGUUUACAACUUCGGCUUACAGGGCGCACAACCCAGGUCCAGCCCACCCGCUUAGCUCAAUAGGUGGGUGGGGCGGGGUGGGGGGAGUCGUACGUUCGAUUCCCGGGCGGGGGUAUGUUCUUCAUGACGAUUUGAAGAAAGACAUUGUAUCUGAAAUCAUUCGUCCUCCGCCUCUGAUUCAUGUGGAGAAGUUGACAGUUACUUGCGGAGAACAGGUUUGUACUGGUACAGAAUCCAGGAAACUGGUUAGGUUAACUGCCCGCCGUUACAUAACUGAAAUACUGUUUACACACAACACAGAUAAAAACGUGACAUUGGAACAAUAUUUUGAGUCCUAUAUUAUGUUGAAAUAUCUAAACUGUUUGCGAAAUAAUUGAUAUUAUUAUCUACACUAAACUAUCAAAGAUAUAUUAACGUAACGCAGAGAUGAAAUUCUCAUAGCAAAUAUAAAGUUUUCACUUUCGUUUCACUUCCAAAUAAUUUAGCUAAUGAAGGUAACGUUUGUGGUUAAAGUUUGCGACAAUUUAUGAUUGAAUGUAUAAGCAAUAAAAUGUUAUGUACCAAUGACUGAAGUAUUUAUUUCAGUCGACGUUCAAGUCUUACAAAAUCAAGACAGUUGAAAAAGAAUCACAAUUCAGCAUAGAAGUGACUGAAAGGGGCAUUAUAGGCAACAUACAGAUUUUACUUUUUUAAGACUUAAGUACAGUUAACUUAUCCCACAACUAAUUAGGUAAUGCAACUGGUCCUUUAUUAUGAAUUUUGGUUAGCCAAGCAUUUACACAGUGUAAGACUAAUACCAAAUGAUUUGUAAUAAAAUUAGUACAGCCAAGACAGAGACACAAAAUUAUGCAAUUUUGACACGCUUAUCUAUUAGUGUGUACGCUUUGGUAUGAUAAUAGUUUAUUACUAUUGUAUUCAAUUCACAAUCACAAUUUGCAAUUUUGUUCAAACCUGUUUAAUGUGCCAAUAUAAUUUCGGGGAUAUGAGAUAUUAAAGUAUAGAUAAAUGUU